UCGUGGCAAUGAUGGAUGACCUGGCAUGUCCACCUGACAACGUUUCCCCAGUCACAGAUCUCUCACGAAACCUUACGACUCUUCGCACGAUUACCGUCGCUUGUACGCCACAGAUGCCUUCCAAGAUACUUAACACUGAAACUCCUGACAGCGCGGGCAGUUUUCGGCUCAAAGCGCUUACUCCUGUUUCCGAGUGCAGUUCUGAAAGCGAAGCGGAGCCGUCCCCGCUAACAGUAAACUUACGUCGACGUGCUCUAAUGGGCCAGACAAAUAAAAACAACUCACAAGAUUCACCGCUGCUUAUCAAUCGGAAUAUUCGCCGACCAUUGAAAAGACCCAGCCAAGAGCUUAAAGGUAAAGAGGAACCCCAGAAUUUAAGCAGCCCUCUCCGCAAGAGUUCAUCGCAGGGAUACAGCUCAUCGACUUCAGAUGGUUUCGCAGUUGAUGAAGUCAACCUAGACGAGGAUGGUAAAAACAAGGAAAACGUUGAGCCUCCCUCUGCACUCACAUCUCUUCUGUCAGCUCCUAUUACCUCCGAGGGGGUCCUGUGUAAGAAAGCUUCAUCCUCCGCUCGGCGAAACCUCUCGUUUGCUAACGGCGACAGCGACACUCCUGUGAAGUCAAAGCGCUCAAAUGAUGAUGAGCGAAGUUCGAAAAGGUCUCGUACCUCCCGCUGCUUAGUUGAAGUUUCCGCAAAUAUUAUGGAGAAGCUGCCGAAAUACUACAGCGAAUCAAAUAUUGACCGUGAAGCCGCUGAAGGCGUUAUCGAUAAGCAAGUCAUUGAGACAACGUUGCCAACAAGUGGAGCGCAUAAAAGUUGCGCUCUACCGACGAUAACGGCACAGACGAUGAACGACAUCAUCAACGGUGUGUACGACCAUGUUAUUAAUUCGUUCCAAAUCAUAGAUUGUCGAUAUCCAUAUGAGUAUGACGGAGGCCACAUCAAGGGCGCCCUAAAUCUCUACACACCCGAUCACAUUAUCAGGCAGUUCCUUCAGAAAAUGCCAGAGGACGCCGAAGUUGAACGCGAAUCUAAAAAAAAAGACAUUGUCAUAUUCCAUUGCGAGUUCUCGUCUGAACGUGGACCAAAAAUGUCGCAAUUCCUACGAGAGUUAGAUCGCGCUGCUAAUGUGUAUCCUAAACUCUUCUAUCCCGAAGUAUACAUUCUGCAAGGAGGCUAUAAGGAGUUCUUCUGUGAAUUCAAAGAGCACUGUCAACCGCAGGAGUACUUGAAAAUGGUCGACGAGCGUUUCGUUAAGCAGCUCCGUCUGUAUCGAACGGAGAGUAAGACCUUCGAGAAGAAAGGUUUAACAAGGAACCAGAGCAGCCGGUUUUAACGACGGAAUGCCUAUAAGGCUAUCCAUCAAUACCCAUUAAAAACACAUUUAAACACUUCGUUAAUGUUCUUGUGGAGAAUGGACAAUGUACCAAGUUUCUAUCCAGCCAUAUCCAGCCCAUUAUUAUAGAUGAAAAAACUGACUGGCCUAGGCGAAGCAUGAACCACAUGCUCUUUGUGGGGCACUCCUUCAGCGAAUAAUUAUGUGAAAUAAUCGACGCGGAGAAACGGAUGCCGAUAUCGGUAAAAUAAUAAUAUUAAUAAUAGCCAGGUUUCACGUCAAUGCCGCUUUAGCACGCUGAGCCAUUCUGCUGGCAAAAAAUCAACCUAGAACUGUUUAUAGUAUCGUACAUACGUGAAACAGGAGCAUCGAAUGUUGAUGCUCUCGCUGAAAUGCCAAAAUAAUUGAAUGCAAAUGGAAAUAAUGCGGAUGAUGAUGAGAGGACGGAAAUGUAGAAACUAGCGGGGGUUAAACGACGCUGGUUGCUGCGAGCAUGGAGGCAGGCAACUGAAAUGGAAUCAAUGAAACUCUAUCGUCACGAGUGAGUGAAUGAAUAUAAAAGGUGGCCAGAAGGAAACUAGUGUUAUUUCUCAAACUAAACGGUUUGUACUUGCCUCUUGUACAUACAGAAUGCAAUAGCACAGAUCGGACGAAAAACUCGAACCUAACGACAGAGCGACUUACAAUUCAUACAUGACGAAGGCAGUGACCAGUAAUAAUAAACCCGGAAUGAACUUCAUGAAAUGUUGCAAUUGUUGUCAUUUCUUGGAUGACUUAAAGGAUAUUUAUGGCUACCGAUUUAUUUUUCGCAAAUAAUAGAUUGAACCUUUAGCACAUAUUGAGUUGCAACUUAGCUGUAAAAAGCGAAUCUUGUGUUGAUAAUGUACCACUGGUCUCAUACAAUCAAUAGUUUAGGUUGUAACGUUAGUUUUUUUUUAAUAAUCUUUAACUUAAUUUUACGUAAAAUGUUGGAUAAAUAUCAAUUAACCUGUAUAUUACUACACACUUCCAAGGAUUAAAUAUCUACGCAUUUACUAUGAUGACCUAAGUCUUGAUCGCAAUCAUGCUCUGUGUAUGUAGCGUCAUUAAUGCACCGAAGAUUUGCUCUGAGAACACAAACACCAAAAAUUAUGGCCUCUAGUGUUCUAAAUAGCAAAAUAUAAGGUAUUGUAAAAUUUAGUAGUGUUAUAUAGGUUUAAAAGGGCAUUAUAAUAGGAAUUGUUGCACCUGGAAGGAUACUUCAGUUCUAGAUGGAAUCAAAUAACACGAUUUCUUUAUCCUUGUAUAGACUUUAUAUAAUAUAUAUUCAUGUUUCUUUAAUUAAUAAAUAAUAGUCAUAUUUAUAUAUUGGGAUUAUCUUGUUCACGUGUUAUUUCACCUAACGCGUAUGGCUAAUCACUUAAUGACCCGUCGACUAUAAGCAAGCGUUACAUCGCAACAAUAAAAAGUACCUCUUUGAAACAGGAUGCCGGCCACAAGAAUUCUAUGCGUUCGAAAUUUGUUUACUUCAUACUUAUUCAUGUGUUUCACUGAAUACAUUUUUUCUUUUUUAAAAGUUACCUGCUUCCUGUAUCGGCGUUAAUGGUAUAUAUGUUUCGGUGUAUGCUAUGCUGGUGUACCGGAUGUAGAAUACACAACAUAUAUUUAGGCUGAGGUUGCAUGGAUUUAAGCUAGUGUAAACUUAUAAAACAAAAUUUGGUUCAUUGAUCACCAUGAUGAGAUUAUUAGGACUUAGACAAUGCCCUUCUAUAGAGCUGUUUGAGUUUCACAUUAGUGCGGAAAUCGUGUGAUUCUAUGCCGUACAAUAAUAUUCCAAAAUGAACUUCUCACUGUUAUACGAGCAAACAACAGUAAUCCUAUGGGAUGUUAAUGGGAAUAACAAGGUUGCUGAUCAAACGGUUGCUACCAAGUUGCUUUGUGAGCUGACAGUGUAGACUUAUUUCACAUUCACUGACACUAUACUCAGUGCAUAUAUUAUAAUUAAGGAAGUUUAGGAACUUACAAAUAAAAGCAAUAUAUUUGUAUAAAUGAAUUGUGUAAUGAAUAUUAAACUUCAACUUCACGUAACAACUUACCUGGACAAAGGACAUACACAUAAAAGAGCCAUCACAUUAGAUGAACAAGACCAUGCUUUUUGAUUUCUAAAAGUAUUUAGAAGUUUCUAAUCACUGGACUAAUGAGCACGCAAUUAUCGUCUUUUACUGAACGAUUGGUAUGUGAACCUGCGACAUCAACAUUAUGUCCACGUGGAGAAACUGUAAGAGGAACUCAAAAAAUGAAAAUUGUUAUCAAAAAAUACAGGCCUAUUUAACAAUUUCUUCUUCGGAAGUGGCUUAAGAUUGUCGAAGCGUGGAACUUUGAUUUUCCCACCCGAAAGACACGUUUAGAUACCUGCUUUUACCCGCAUAAAUUGGCACUCAUUGAU